AUGGCUCAAGCAUCAUUCGAGCUCGACUCCCUCGCUACAAGCACAUCAAACCACAUCACCAGGCAGCCCUCCAUCCAGAGCAUCUCCUAUCAACCUCCCAACGCCGAAUUCUCCCUCCCACCCGUCGACACAGGAAAGCAAGCAUGGCUACUCCUAGCUGCCUGCUGGGCCGUUGAAGCCUUAGUCUUCGGAUUCGGCUUCUCCUUCGGUGUCUUCCAAGACUUCUACACCACCCACCCACCAUUCUCGAGCUCAAACAACAUUGCCAUCAUCGGAACCACCACAAUGGGAGUCAUGUACAUUGGAAUCCCCUUCGGCCUCACCCCCUGCCGCCUCUACCCCCGCUGGGCCCGCUGGUUCACACUGCUGGGACUCUCCAUCGCGUCCCUGGCCCUAGCAACCAGCUCCUUCUGCACCAACACAACCCAACUGAUCGGCACCCAGGGAAUCCUUCUCGGCCUCGGCGGCUUUCUCGCCUCCUGUCCUAGCACAAUCUACAUCGACGAAUGGUUUAUCCACCGAAAGGGCAUGGCGUAUGGAAUCGUCUGGAGUGCAGCCGGGCUAGGCGGCGCUUUUCUCCCUCUCCUAUUGCAAUCCCUCCUCGAUAAAUAUGGCUUCCAAACCGCAACCAGAGUCUGGGCUUGUAUUCUCUUCGUCUCUUCCGCCCCGUUAACCUUCUUCAUCAAACCUCGUCUUCCAUACGCAGCAACAACCCAUCCACGACCGAUAAACACCCGCUCCGCCACAUCAACCUUCUUCCUCCCUGGAAUCUACCUCUCUAUAUAUGCUCGAACAAUACUGAACAUCUCUGUUUCAACAGGCUAUAUUCUAGUAAGCCCUCUAACCGAUUAUCUAGACAUCUCCACCUGCAUCCUCGUUUCCGCGAUAGGAGCCGCAGCAUCUGCCCUAUUAAUCUGGGGCUUCGCAUCCUUUCUCCCCGUGCUGUAUCUCUUCUGCAUCCUGUAUGGAUUAUUCGCAGGAUGUUGGACCUCCCUAUGGCCCGGGAUCAUGAGAAGUUUCUCUGCGUAG